AUGAACCACUCUUCUUCUCAAUUGAGCAUAAGCUCAUCAGAUACCAAGUUCUUUUUCUUGCUAUCGUUGAAUAUUCUCAUUGCAAUUUGGGCUUUAUUCAAAUUUCAUGACUUUCAGUUCAAUCCACAGACUAACAGUUCCCUGGUUCGUCUUGAUCCAGCGGAGAUAAACAAGAAGUAUCCGAUUGACCUAGAAAAUGCCACAGCAGUCUUUAAUUCUGUCAAUGGUGCACUCAAACAGAAAGAUGCCAAUAUGAAUCCUGUGGGCUUAUCAUUCAUUCCGGCGUAUCUUCCUCCAAAUACGUUGAUGUACCAUUCGACCCUGAAUGCGUAUCUUCCUGACCUGUUUGAGUGGAUUGCAAUGGAUUAUGAGUUUAGUUACAACUUCGCUCAUUUUGCUAGAGGAAAAUUCAGAGAAAGACGUCCGCCACCUCGGGGACCAAACGAGCGGGGUCCUAAUGAACAAGAAGGGCAGAAUAUACUAAAUGAGCCCCAGAAGAGCCAAUCCUUGAUGGACGAGCCUCGGAAAUUACCCCCUGGCCUCCCAUUUUCUGGCUCAAGCUACUUGUAUACGUUGAGAAACACCAAACCUCUCGACAAGCUAAUUUAUUUAGAUGGUGCUUCUGCAGCCAAAACUACAACGGGCGAAAUGGAUCAACAGUUGAUUCUCAGUCGCCAACUGGAUGCAGAUGCCAGAGUUCUGGAAAGAUUAGCCGCCCAGAAGAUCUGCGAAUGGGGUAAGCUGUUUGGACUCCAAGGAAUAGUUCGUAUGGAAAUCGGUUUUGAGAUUAUUUUAUGUGAUUUCUUUGAUAAUAUCGAGAUCGUGUCAAAUAUCACGUUGAGCAAUGCUACCCAAGUGGGAAAUCUCCCCAACGAACCACAAUUUGCCAAAACAGAAUUGGAGAAAAAGAGAAUGCAGUUGAUGGAUUUGUGGGAGCUGAUGGCAGGCUACGAUUGGUUGGCUGCUGGAUCAAGGGCGAACGAGGGAGAACAUAGAAUCUUGCUCGAUUUUUCGGGAAUGGUGACACCUUUGAACAAGACUUACAUUGAUAGAGACCCCUACAAGCGCAGAAUCAACCAUUUAGCGGAGGCUCAUAAGGAAGACAUUAUCCAUCUGCUUGAGAAAUUUUUGGUGAAUCCCGUUGAUCCAUUCCAUAAAACGAAUUGGCAGUCUGUGACAGAGACAAUCACUGACAAGUUUGCCCCCAUUUUGAUUGCAUUGAAUAAUACUCUUCUGGUGUUCGAGAUUGAGAGUCAAGGGGAUAAUUUGGGAUCUGCAAUUGAAGAUACAGUAACUAACGUUACGUUGACUUUAUUCAAUUUCUUCAGAAGAUAUUCGGAUACCGAUUUGGAUAUCUGGGAGGAAAAGAAGGAAAAAUUCCUACAAGCGGCGGUUAGUGACUACAUCUUUCACACAUUCGACUUAAACACCCAACUGGACAUCUUGAUCUACUCGUCAAUUUACCGCACCACAGUUGAGAUCUUAAGCUUUGUUCGGGAUCUUUUCUUUUUAGCUCGCCUGGCAAUUCCUGAUUUUUAUGUGGAUCCUACUGAAGCCAACUACAAAAGGAUCACAAAGGACAUUUUGAAGCAGAAGGAGUUGCUAGACAAUCUUAUGAGGGUUCUUGAAUGGCCACUUUUUGCACGCUGUUCCUCCAUGUGCGGCUGGGACGAAGUCUGCUACGUUCCAACCUGGGGUCCAAGUCCAUUGGGUUGGGGAAGUAACGGGAAUGGCAAAUACUUGGAGUAUGAUGGUGAGCGAUAUCGGAUUCCGUUAGAGCUCUCUUGUGUGAAACUAAAUGAUUUGGUUAGAUAUUGA